CUCAAAAAAUUACCCCUAUUUCCUCCUUUUGGCUCGCAGUUAGUUGGAGUACGUACGGUUGUAGGUCUGGAAACCUUGAUCGGUCUUUAUAGCUAUCAGAUGUUAGUAGCAUUCUCAUGCGAAGCAGUCGCCUCUCCUGGAAGUUUCGGUAAACCCGGCCAUAAUAGACAACAAAAGCGUAAGCCAGUACAUACCAUGUCCGUGAGCACCCAUUUUGUGUAUGUGUAUAUUGGUUGGCAAUGGUUGGAACUUCCUACUGUCUCCUAUAGUCUUUUUUUCCUGUUACCAUCUGAGAUUGGUGCUAGUUAAUUGGUUUAGGGCCGUACACGUGUGUUUUGAUUUAUGCACGACCCAGCAGCGCUCACUUAGUCUCAGCGUAUUACG